AUGGCGCAGGCCGCGCAGAAGCUGGCCAAGGCCGUGGCCACCAGGGGCCCGCAGCUCGUCUCCGCCGCCGUGUCGUUCUCUCGUCCGCGCCUGGCCACCUUCUGGCACUACGCGCGCGUGGAGCUGGCCCCGCCGACGCCCGCCGACUUCCCCCGCGCCCUGGACAGCGCCCGAGGCCUGGCCCGCAGCUUCCGCGCCGGCCGCCUGGCCCACCUCUCCGUCAAGGAAGCUCUGAGAAACGGCUUGGUGGCUACUGAAGUGCUGAUGUGGUUUUACAUUGGCGAGAUCAUAGGCAAACGCGGCCUCGUUGGAUACAAUGUUUGA